AUGACAACGGCUGUCCAACCCAGCGAGCUGGUGUUUGAGUUUGCCAGCAAUGGGAUGGAUGAGAUCAAUCAGCUGGAUGACCCAUCUGUGUUUCCGGCAGUGAUUGUGGAGCAAGUUCCAGCUGCGGACCUGAUGCAGGUGUACUCUGGACUGGAGGCCAAUGAGGUGACCAACGGCAUCAUGGUGGAUUCCAUCCAAGAGGAGCCGAUCUUGGUGGGGGAUGUUGGACUUUCAGUGGAGACAACAGUGUCAGGGGCAGAGGACAACAUUGAGACAAUUGAGGCUGCAGAGGCUCUUCUCAACAUGGAGUCUCCAAACAACAUCCUGGAUGAGAAACGCAUGAUUCCUACAUACGGGACUCUGUUGGAGUCUGACCUGACAUACACUUCUCUGAGGCCAGAACAGCUAGCCAAUAGCUGCAUGGACGUGAACAUGGAUGAGGAGACAUCGUCCAUGGAUGAGAUUCCUCAAAAGACCCCCAAACCACCUAGAAAGAACAAAGUACGUAAACCGCGAGCAGCUCGGCCUUGUUCCCCCAUCACCACUCCUUCUCUGCCUCUAAAGAAAAAGAGCAAAGAGGGCAAAGGUAAUACCAUCUACCUGUGGGAGUUUCUUCUGGCUCUGCUGCAGGAUAAGAACACCUGUCCUAAAUACAUCAAAUGGACCCAGCGGGAGAAAGGCAUCUUUAAGCUGGUGGACUCUAAGGCUGUGUCCAAGUUAUGGGGCAAACACAAGAAUAAACCAGACAUGAACUAUGAGACCAUGGGCAGAGCUCUCAGGUAUUACUACCAACGUGGAAUCCUGGCCAAGGUUGAAGGGCAGCGUUUGGUCUACCAGUUUAAAGAAAUGCCCACCGACCUGGUUGUCAUUGAUGAGGAAGACAGCCAAGGUGGCGACACCAGUCCUGGGUAUGGAGGACAUCGUGCUAUUCCUCACAACAGGGGUCUGGGACGAGGGGCAUCACGGGCUCAGAGUAAGGGAUCUGGACACACACAGGUGAAGUCUGUGAAGAGAGAGCCCAGCCCUACUCUGUUUUACCAGAGUAGUGACGGCAAACAGGCUGAGCAACUGCUUCAGACGGUACAUGUCCUUCAGCCCAACCAAGGAGCGGCUGUUCCCGCACCCACUGUUAGAACUAUCAACAUGCCUAACAUGGUCUUAACAUCCGGAGCCCAAGGUGGUGGUCCCGUAACCCUGCAGACUGUUCCGCUCUCUUCAGUCCUGACCAAUGGGGACUCCAGCCAUUGCUCACCACCUAGAGUUAUCCUCCACACAGUGCCUUCCUCCAGCCCUGGGGGCAAGGAUGUCCUGACCAUCCAGACAGCCUCUCUAACCACUGCUGCAGGCAGCCUGCCAGAUGGCUUGCAGCCACAACAACUCCUAGUGACUAGCUUAGGGUCUACCGUCGGGGGAGGUAUUAGCACCACCGCUCAGGAGAACUCCCUCAGUUGCAUUCCACGGUUGGUCACCCUUAACGCUGCUGGGCAGCCUGUGGUGGCACAGCAGCCUGGCACAGUCAUCGCCACGGUGCUGAAGCCCAGCGAGCUACAGGGCCUGCAGAUGAAGGAGGAGCUGAUUGAUCCGCAGUACCUGUCCCUGGUUAACAGCACCCCCUACUGCAAAGAGGAAGAGGAGGCAGGAGCAGCUGAGCUGGGCUAUAGGACUGUGAUCAUUGGCGCGGCUCAGGAACCUGCCCAAGCUGUGAAUGGACAUUCAGAGACAGCUAUGCAGCUGACCAGCAGUCCCAGCGAAGGCCUCACCCCAGUGGAGGAAUUGGAGGUACGAGGAGAGAUGGCGUUGAGCCAGGAGCCGGUAGCCAAAGAGCUGCAGGGGCACCAAGACCAGCAGGAACUUCCCAUUACUAUUGAGCUCCCCACCUCCCACUUCAUUCAGGUUAAAACAGAACCGACUGAGACCUAG